UGUACGUGAGUGAGGGUGUGUGUGUGUUGCUGUAUGAGGUGUGCGUGAGUGAGGGUGUGUGUGUGUUGCUGUAUGAGGUGUGUGUGUUGGUGUGUGUGUGUGUGUGAAGCCCAAACAUGGUAAAGCUGGAGCUAGAUCAGGUGGUAAUGAGGAGGAUGAGGGAGGAUGACAUCGAGACUGUCAAAGCUAUCAUCAAGGAGGGUUGUCAGGGAACAGAAAACCGUCUGAUCCUCCACAUCCUGACUCGUCCUGUCUGCCUCUUACUCCUGGCCACUGUCUCUUCUGUCCUCCGCUGCUUCCUUCACUCCUUCAUCCUGGCCCUCAUCAUCCCUGUCUUCCUGCUCAUCAUCUACCUCAAGUUCACCAUGCCACGCUCCACCGGAGUGCUGGGCACCAGCCGGCCCUACUGGGACUAUGUGGGGAGCAGUUACCGAGGGGCGCAGGACGAGACCCUUCCCAACCCCUAUAGCAUGAUCAGUGGGAAACCCCCACCGGCUAAAGGCAAGGCCAGACGGAGGACCAAACCCAAGGCAGAGGACAAGGACAAAGACUCGUCUCCUGAGAUCGUAGACGUGGAGAGGGAGAAGGCAGCAGUGCAGGUGUGGGCGGUGGACUGUGAGGGGGAGAUUGUGGGCUGUGUGUCCAGGGAGGGUGAUCGUCUGGGGAUGAGGAGGUUCUGCAGGGUGGUGGUGGGCUGCUGGUACCGCUGGGAGGGCCUCGGCAGACUGCUGGUUCAGAGUCUGGAGCAGAGGGAGAGGCAGACAGGGGCCAGGAGGGUCUACGCCCACGUCCCCUACCCCUCUGCAGUAGGAGAAGCCUUCUUCAGGAAGCUGGGCUACAGGCUGCAGGGGGAGGUGGGCUACGAUGGGGAGGAAAAAGAGGAGGAUGAAGAGCAGCCAGGGAGGACAUUUCUGGGCUUCCAUGUCACCAAGGUGUUUGUCAAAGACCUCAAGUGAUAGAGGAGACAACGAAGGCAAUGUGGAAAAUAAGACAAAGAAGAUAUAAUAAAGGGAAAUAGAAAGAGGAGGAGAGAUACUAUAGGGAAAUAGAGAGAG